UAUAAUGAUGUGCAUGUCGACAUCACUCAGGAAGAGUGGGCAUUGAUGGAUCCUUCACAGAGGAAUCUCUACAAAGGUGUGAUGCUGGAGACCUAUAUGAACCUCACUGCUAUAGGCUACAACUGGGAAAAUCUUGAAGUUGAAGAACGUUGUCAAAGUUCUCAAAAACAUGGAAGGCAUGAAAGAAGUCAUACUAGAGAAAAAUCAUAUGAAUAUAUUGAGUGUGGGAAAGCCUUUGAAUGUCAUAGUCAUCCUCAAAAGCAUAAAAAAUCACAUACUGGAGAGAAACACUAUAAAUGUAAUCAAUGUGGUAAAGCCUGUGCUCAACACAGUGCUCUUCAACUGCAUGAAAGAACACAUACUGGAGAGAAACUCUAUGAAUGUAAUCAGUGUGGUAAAGCCUUUGUUCGUCACAAUGACCUUCAAGUACAUAAAAGAACACAUACUGGAGAGAAACCUUAUGAAUGUAAAGAAUGUGGUAAAGCUUUUGUACAAUUCGGUCAUCUUCAAGUACAUAAAAGAACACAUACUGGAGAGAAA